UAACGUCUUCAUGAACAGUGUGGAAAUAUAUUGCUGGAAACAAAAUAUCCUCCCGCUACCAUUAAGUUGAGCGCCCUUCAAUGAAUCCCCACACUGGCCUCCCAUCACUAGGCGGAGCAGAACGUCGGCCUGACCGACCUCCGAGCACUAGAGGGCGCAGCAAAUCGCUGGCGCCGAUGGCAGAGUCCACGAAGGGAAUCUCCUGCUGAGGCACGUGUGGCGGGCUACAGGCGGCAGCGGCGGGUCCGCCACUGGUCGGCGCCGGCGGGAGGAUGCUGCGCGAGAUGGGGAAGUGCGCGCGGCACUUACUGGUCUGUGAAAAAUCUAACUUCACCCACGGCAAGUCGGCGCAUCGCAAGCGUGUCGAUACUCAUCACUAUAACUACAGGGUCUCUAUUUUAAUACCAGAAUGCAGAAUGGUCCCACCAGCAAUUACUGCCAUCAGCAAAACUUUGGAAAACUAUUAUUUGGUGAAGCAGUUACCACUCCAUGAAAUGCUUGAACCAGAAUUCAUCAACAUGUAUGUUAAGAAAGGCAACUUUUAUGCACUGUCAUACAAUAGCAGAAUAGAUCAAGACAACACCGUUGCUCUGCUUCCAACAGGGAAGUUGAUUUUAUCAGUUGACAAGGACACCUAUGAGGAACUUGGCCUAGAAGGACAGCCAUCCAAAUACUCCCACAGAACAGUGAUGAGAUACAUUGUUACUAUUGAUUUGAGUGAAGCUACAUUUGUUCCCGGUAGAAAGAGAUAUAACAGAGUUAUGUGGGCAUUGAAAGAGAAGAAGCCUUUAUCCUUUGACCUUUUGAUGUCCUGCAAUUCCUCAGGUGGAAAUGAAACCUCUUUGGCAUCUUACUUUGUGAAGUACCAAUGCCAAGUGUAUCAGCCCACACUAUCAACCAGGAUAUUAAAUGAAACAGUGUGUCCUGUUUUAUUGAGUAAUGAACUGAAUGGGAAAGAAAAUGAAUCAUGCAGCUCUCAGGAAUUCUUGGACUGGCUUGGUGCAGUCUUCAGUGACAUUGAUUGCAAUAAUCAGGCAGAUAGCUUUCUCUCUACCUACUGUUGCCCUGAACCCAACACUGUCCUGGAUAAAGCAUGUCUUUGUACCAUUUCUGGCUUUAUAAUUCCUGAAGGAAUAAAUCGGUUAUUGGACCAGCUUAGGUUAUACUUUGAGGAACCGAAGCUGGCCCCAUGGGUUAGUAUGACAGUUCAUGGCUUUGCAGACAGCCCAGUAUCCUGGGGACAGAGUGAACAUGGCUAUCACAAAGGAGGAGAGAACCUCUACAAUUUUGUUCUGUUCAGGAACCAGGAUUACUGGCUGCACAUGGCUGUGGGGGCUCAGACUGACUGUCCACCAUAGCAUUAUAACUGCCAUCUACCUCCUGAUCCAAUGUUCAGCCUUUGAAGAGUUAAUGGAUUUGAUUUAUUAAGAAAUGCUUUAUACAAAGAAACUAAAAUGUGUUCAACUGAAAAAUUAAAAGUAUACAACUGUG